AUGAUCAAAAUGAUGUUGAAUCCUGCGGUGAUCAUUGACAAUGGAUCUGGACUCUGCAAGUCUGGGAUAGUGGGUGACAGCAUCCCCACAUCAGUUAUACCAUCGGUUGUGGGCUGUUCUAAGUUGACAAAGGGAUCACGCAAUGCCAAUCUCAAAGACUAUUACGUUGGUAAGGCAGCACAAAGCAGAAGAGAUGUCUUGGCUUUGAAGUAUCCAAUUGAGCGUGGCAUAGUGACCUCUUGGGAGGAGAUGGAGAUGAUCUGGAGAUAUAUAUAUGGUUUCGAACUGCGUGUGAAGUCCAAAGAGAGGCCAAUUUUGUUGACUGCUGCCCCUCUGACUCCUUUCUCUAACAGAGAAAAGAUGGCCGAGAUAAUGUUCGAAGGCUUCUCAGUGCCAGCGAUGUUCGUUGCCAUUCCAGCCACAUUGGCCCUUUACGCAUCUGGCCGUACCCGAGGUAUAGUGCUAGAUAGUGGCUAUGGAAUAACGGAUGCUGUGCCCAUCUACGAAGGCUACUACCUUCCGGACGCUGUACAAAGGCUGAACCUUGCCGGGAGCGACAUCACCGAAAACCUUUGGAGGCUCAUGUUGGAGAACAGGCAUUCUUCCACUGAGAAAAUGGAGACAGAACUCGUCCAGGAAAUCAAGGAAAAACUCUGCUACAUCUCUCUCGACCCCAAGCAAGAGAGCAAGAAGCCGGCCGAUGAACUCCAACAUGAGUAUCAGAUGCCAGACGGGACUCAGAUUGUGGUCAAAAAUGAGCUGUUUGGUGCACCGGAAUUGCUUUUUGCCCCAGACAGUGUUGGAGUGAAGGAAGGUGGAAUCCACAAGCUGAUAUUAAGCAGCAUCGCAAGAUGUGAACAACGGUUGCACAAAGAAUUCCACAGUAACAUGCUGCUAUCUGGUGGUUCAACUCUCUUCUCAGGCAUGGAGGAUCGUUUACUCAAAGAAAUCAAGCUGCACACGCCGAGUGGGGUCCAAGUGAAGAUCAUCGCCCCACCGGAAAGGAACUAUUCUGUUUGGGUGGGCGCUUCAAUUUUAACAAGUUUGGCAUCCUUUAAACAUAUGUGGAUCACUCUCAGUGAUUAUAAUGACUUUGGGCCAUCUGUGGUAAACAAGAGGUGUCUUUAA